AUUUCGCAGGACGUGGGGCAUCAUGGAGCACAAGGACAGUGACCGCGCCGCGGCGAAGGAGCAACAGGGAAACGACGACGAACAAAAGAAACCUUCGACGACGAUCCAGCGAACGGGAGUUCCCCGGUCGAUGCUCGAAGGUGCCGAGGACGAUAAAAUCGAGUUCCGAUCGAUCGCGGCCAUGUCGGCCGCGACGCCUCCCACCUUCGGUCGGACCUUCGGGCACAUGCACAGUCAGGGGCUGAGUCUGCCUACCCCAUUCACCAUGCGUAAGCCAACAAUGACUAAAGCACCGCAGGGGACGGCCGUCCCUGCCCCAUCCACAAUUCCCAUGAUUGAUUCGACAAAUUACUCGAACGUGACGGUCAAACCUCUCCCUGCCGCACCGUUCCGCCUCGAAUUGCACUCGCAUUUCCACGUCAAAGACUCGUCAGCCCAGCGUGUGUGCGUCGUCAUCGGUCAAAAGUUAUUGGACCUUGGCACAGACUUUGUGUUCAAGGCGCAAAAGGGCAAGUGGAAGGUCUCCAAGAUCAACGGGUCGAGCAUGGUCGAGUUCAAAGUUGUGCUCUACAGUACUAGCGACACCGAACACGUCGUUGAGUUCCAACGCCGACAAGGCGACAUCAUCAGCAUGAUGAACCUGUACGCUGACGUCGUACAAGCAUGCAAGAAGCAGCAGCUCCUAACUAGUGAAGGCGCAUUGAAGCCGCUCAAACACAAGCGAUCGGUGCCAUCGCCAACAUCCCCACCCUCGUCCCCUCCUCCUUCUUCCGCCGCCGAGAUGAAGGACUCGGUCCAAAGCAUCCAAAAUAUGAUGUCGAGCAAGCACCACGACGUGCAGGUCCAAGGGAUCCUCGCCAGCAUUUCCCUGUCGUCGAUUACGUCAACAUACCGGGACAUCAUGGCCCCUUUGGUACCUGUCUUGGUUAGCCUGGCUCAUUCUUCAGUCGACCAAGUCAAGCGCUGUGCAUCCUUCGCCCUCGCUCGCCUCUGCGACGAUCCCGAAUGCCGGCGAGCAUUCAUGAACUCGGAUGGGUGGCAACUCGUUGUCAAGCUGGCGGCCGGUGGUCCGGAUGUGUCGGUCGACUGCCAGCGGGAGAGCCUGCAUGUACUUGAAAUCCUGUGUCCACUUUACUCGCACGAGCUGUCGAAGGCCGACGGAGCGGCGGGGGUGCUGAGCCUCCUUCAGGACUGGCAGUCCAUUCAAGACCCGCGACUCAAGAAGCAUGCGUGUGGCGCCCACCGGGCACUCAAAGCUGCUGGCAUGAUUGCACAGUAAUUUACCAUGUUUGCAUGGAACGCGUAUCAACCGACCAACGUCCCCUUUUCCAGUGGUAGAAAAGAGAUUGCAGGGGUAACUUAGAUCCAUAGCACGAAUUGCAUCGACUUCUCUACACCUCCUUCC